CUCUGACCCCUGUCUUCUAAGGCAUGCUGAAGGGAGGAUGAGCCUGAUGUGGACAGAAUUCAAAUGAGCUGGACAGUGCUGUGAAGGAGCUACAAGCAUCCCCCAGAGCCCGGAGAUGGCACCAAAAACCAAGAAGGGAUUGAAAGGCUCCAUUGAUGAUGUCCUUGGUGACCUCCUGGAAGAUGAUAUGACACUACCUGAGAAGCCUGUUAAACUAGCUUCACAUGCCAGAGACACCCCAGGUGGAUCUCAGGUGCUCCCUUCUUCAAGAGCUAGAACAAAGUCCCUCCUGAAAGACGAUUUCUUCAGCACUAUGGCAGGCCUGGCCGGAGCUGAUGCCGAGGCUUCGGAUGUCUCGGAUGCAGACCCCCAGGCUUUGCUCCAGGCUAUGAAGGAUCUGGGUGAUGUGGAUGCCGACCUCUUAGGUCUGAGGACGCCUAAUCUGGCCUCUAGCAAAAGAGCUGCAAAGGGCUCUGGGAAAGAAGAGCUGCCCAGUAAUCCCAAACCUGCUGCGGGCACCAUUCCCACCAAGAAGCCACCUCCCUCUUCUAGCAGCUUUGGGCAUCCGUAUAAGCAGUUUUCUUUUGAAGAUUUGGAAGACCCAUUGGCAGGACUCCUCUCCGAUGAUGAGGAAAGAAUUGCUGAGAAGCCGCCUGUGACAGGGAGUGAGAUGGCUUCCAACAAGAGCCCCGGCCCAGCCAGAGAGCCAGGUCCCUCUAUUCCUCUAACUCCUGGGGACACCCCCGUUCGAAAGAAAGAAGAAUUGCUGUUUGACAAUGGGGACGACAUCAUGGCCACCCUGGAGUUUGGAGACAGCCCCAAAGCAGAGAGGAGACAGACAAGAGACCAGGAAGGGCCCCGUCCUGCUCGCUCCAAGCUGGAUGAACUGCUGGGUCGAGGCACUGCCACCAAACUCCUGGCUCGCCCAGGCACUGGGGAGCACAGGGAGUUCAAGCUAGACAAGAAGUAUCAGAGGCCACAGGACAAAGAAGAUAACUGGAGCGACGAGGACCUGACCUUUGGGGCCUAUCAGCCCACCGUGGGCUCCUGCGAGGGCCGGCAGUCCCGCCGCCAGUCGGUCAGUAGGUUCUUAGCAGAAGGUGGCCCAGACUCCAAGAGAGAACCGGGAUCCACACAGAGCCCUCUAGCGGCUUCCAGUCCCAUCCACCCCAGGAAGGGAGGAGCUGACUGGCUGGGCCUGAAGGAUGAUGACUUGGACCUGCUCCCUUCGUCUCCCACCAGAGAGGCCCACCAGGGCGGCUCAGUGCUUACCACACCCUCCAUGCCCCCUCCUGCGAGCCAGCACCCUGCCCCGGCCUCCUCAGGGGCACAGCCACCAACCGAGGGUUCAGGGUCCCCUGCCAAAGCCAGCCAGGCUUCCAAGCUGGGAACAUCCGAGGAGAAAGAAGAGGAGGACUGGCUGAGCCUUGUCUUGUCCCGGAAGAAGUCCCAAGCUCCGGCCAGAGAGGAGCGUGCUGGGGCCUCUGCCGGCCUGAUCUCAGCGAAGGCAGUAGACCCUCUCCCUCCUGGCAGCCAGCCUGUUGCCAGCGCUCAAGAGCGUGAGCGAGCAGCUGCUGGAAGGACCUCAGGAACAACAGCACAAGAAAUACCGCCUGCCGGACCUGACGUCUCAGGGUCCCCUGUGACUUGGAAUCAGGCUGCCUUGGCCCUCCCUACAGGUGACUCAAAGAGGGGAACAGCCCCUGGAGACCUCUCCAGCACUGAGCCUGUGAUUUGUUCCCCGAGCUCCCAGGAACCCACAGGGCUUUCUGUGCCUGUCCAGUCCCUGCUACCAGAGUCCCUGGCACAGAACCUGCUGCCGGGCACAGAAUAUCAGAAGCAGCUCUUGGCAGCACAGGCACAGCUUCAGGGUAGCACAGCCAAGCUCCAGGCAGAGCUGCUGCACAGCCAGGCUCAGCUGGCAGAGCUGGAGGCCCAGGUGCGGAAGCUGGAGCUGGAGCGGGCCCAGCACAAACUGCUGCUGGAGAGUUUGCAGCAGCAGCACCAGGCAGACCUGGAGCUCAUUGAGAGUGCACACAGAAGCCGUGUCAAGGUGCUAGAAACAUCAUACCAGCAGCGGGAGGAGCGGCUCCAGAGAGAGAAUGAAGAGCUGUCAGCUCGGUAUCUGUCACACUGCCAGGAGGCUGAGCAGGCCCGCGCCGAGCUCACAGCCCAGCACCAGCAGCGCUUGGCAGCCAUUACACAGGAAAAGGACCGGGAGAUGGAGCGGCUCCGGGAGCUGCAGCGGGCAUCCAUCCUGGAGAUGCGCAGGGACCACGAGGAGCAGCUACAGCGGCUGAAGCUGCUGAAGGACCGAGAAAUCGACGCGGUCACCAGUGCCACCUCCCACACGCGGUCCCUGAACGGCAUCAUCGACCAGAUGGAGAAGUUCUCCAGCAGCCUGAACGAGCUGUCCUCCCGCGUGGAGGCCUCGCACCUCUCCACCUCCCAGGAGUGGGAGCUGGGGAUCAGGCAGCAUGACGAGCAACUGCGAGCGCUGCAGGAGCGGCUGGGCCGGCAGCAACGGGACAUGGAGGAGGAGCGGAGCCGGCUCCAGGAGGUCAUCGGGAAGAUGGAGGCACGCCUGAGCGAGCAGAGCCGGCUCCUGGAGCAGGAACGCUGGCGAGUGACUGCCGAGCAGUCCAAGGCGGAGUCCACGCAGCGCGCUCUGGAGGAGCAACGGAAGGUCAUGGCCCAGCAGAUGGCCAUGGAAAGGGAAGAGCUGGAGAGGGCCAAGAGUGCCCUGCUGGAGGAGCAGAAGUCCGUCAUGCGCAAGUGUGGGGAGGAGCGGCGGCGCCUGGCAGCCGAGUGGGCCGAGUUCUUCGUGCAGCAGAAGCUGAGUAAGGAGCGGGCCGAGCGCCAGGCGGAGCAGGCGCUGCAGGUGGACGCCCAGCGCGAGGGCACCCUUAUCAACCUGGCCAAGGAGCAGGCCGAGCUGAAGAUCAGGGCCACUGAGCUCCGGGCCAAGGAGGAGCAGCUAGCAGCCGAGAGGGAGGCGCUGGAGCGGGAACGGCAGGAGCUGCGGCUGGAGAAGGAGCGGGUCAACGCGGCCGCCCUGCGCAUCCGGCUCCGCUCCGAGGAGGUGGACAGCAUGAGCAAGGUGGCCUCGGAGAAGUAUGAGGAGGGCGAGUGGGCAUUGCGUGAGGCCAGGAAGGUGCAGGCGGAGCAGCAGGCCCGGCUGCAGGUCGUGCAAAAGCAGCAGGAGCGGCUGCAGCAGCAGGAGCAGCACGGGCACCAGGAGCAUCUGAGUCUGGCCCAGCAAAGGCUACAACUGGACCGUGUUCGACAGGACCUGCCCUCCAGCCUCGGGCCACUCCCCAGGACCCAGGGCCCGGCCACCUCCAGUUUGAGUGGUAGGUUGGUUCCUGCUCCCACCACCCCUCGUUGCAGCCAGCUGCUGGCCAGCCUCGGCCCAGGCCCCUCACAGCUCUAUGCCAGGCUGCUGCUGCUGAAGCACACAGCCGAGCAGGACCGUGACUUCUUGGAGGAUGAACAGUUCUUCCUGCAGUCCCUGAAGAAAGCAUCCUACAAUACGACGUCCCAUUCUGCCUAAGAGGGCCCCAGCUGCCUCCUCCAUGGGGGCUCAAACCCCGUCCCACUCUCCCGCCACCCAGCUGGCCUCCAGCUCUACAGGCUGCUGCCGGGCAUGGCUGUGCAAUGCCAGGGCCCGAUCACAGCUCCUCCUGUGCACGGGGUGCAGCCCCUUCUUUCCAUCACUGCAGCUGCGCUGGGAGGCAGCGGCCCUGGGGGGUUGUGAGGCUGAGGCCAUCUCUCCACAGCUCUGGCUCAGAGAGAUGCAUCUAAAGAGCCAGCAAGACCCCAACUCCGACUGGGCUCUGCAGACCCCUCCCCUCCACAGGCAGAUGGGUGUGGGAUCUUUUUCCCUGGGCCUCUUCUGAGGCAGGGGUUUUCUCAAGGGACACCCUGUCCCCAGUGGGGACAUAGAGAAGGGCCUGCCAGCUGAGAGAGCAGGAGGCGGCAGGGCAGGGAGGGCACCGUGCAGGCAGCGCUGCCUCGCAGUCUGGCGUCCUGCACCGCGGCCAGCCCUGGCUCCGCAGGCUCACUUGCACCCAGGUGACCAGCUUGCUUGGCAUGGACACUGGCUGCUUCGGCAGCUGCUUCCUCCCAUCUGGACUCCCUCUGGAGGCAGGUGUAGGGAGGGAAAAGGGCAGAAGGCCUCCGUGCUGUUCACCUGCCCCAGGCCACAGCUGAGUGGGAGUGAAAACGACAGAGGGAGAGCCUCUGCCCUCGGGGGAGUAGGACAGUAGCACCAGGGAUCCCCGAGGGCCACCACACACACCCAGGCUGCCGCCACCCUGGCACCUUUGUCAUUUGCCCUUUGCCGUGGGGGUGGUGCCAAGGCCGGCCGUGGGCCCCAGAAGGGGACAGGACAGAAGGGCCGGGCAAUGUCUUCAGCAGACCCAAGACAACCAACUCAACUAAUAAAACCACAAUUACUUUAAAGCAGCUUCUGUCAGAGCAAUUUCUCACCUCCCAUCAGACAGGAAAGCAUCCAGGUGAGCAGGAAGGCAGGAGCAAAUGCCAGGUGGGACACGUGGGGACCAUGUGUAUCUCUGCUCUUUCAGGACAACUUUCAGAGGGAUCUUAUUUAUUUACCAGCAAUUUUUUACAGCUUUGGUUUUGGACCCAUUAAAUUGCUAUAUUCUUUGUUUAAGUACAAGAGAUUAAUUAAAAGUUGCUAUAUUCCUUCCAAACAAA